AUGGCCUCCACCCAUGUCAUUGCGAUACUUCCACCCACAGCUACCUAUGAAAUGCUUUCUCCUGCCUCAAAAACACAGCACCAUUCACAGGACCAAUACAAUCCCACCCAUAGUUAUCGCAGUUCUACUCACAAGAAUAAGCUUGAUUGGAGUGACCUAAUUAGGACAGGUCUAUCAUCAAAAAGCCAUCUUACAACCACCAAAAGCAACACUGGCUGGACCUCCAAUAGUAUCACGUCCAAGUAUAUCGAAAAAAGCCACCGUACAACCACCAAAAGCAACACUGGCUGGAUUUCAAUAGAAACACGUCCAACUCUAUCAGAACAAAAGCCACCAUACAACCACCAAAAGCAACAUCGGCUGGACUAUCAAUAG